ACAAUGAUGAUAUGUAUUUCUCCUAUGAUUCUUUAUCAAUCUACUGACCAAGUUAAGGGUUAAAUUAUGUUGACCAAGUUUGGUAGAGGACAUUUUAUUGCUGCUACACAGCGAGAUCUGUGUGAAAAGACGUCUAUGGAGUGGCUUACGACAUGGCAGGACAUAUUUGUUUGUUUUGACCAGACUACUUUUUUUAUGAGGGCAGUUGGACCUACGCUGCAGCAAAAAAAGAGAAAAUAAAACAGUUUACUUCUGCUACUUCAGUCUUGGCGUCUUAGCUUUCUGCUGUGUAAUUAAAGUCUAAUUCAUCGCAAUGGCCGCAGUUUCAAUUCUGCAGACAGCUCAAAAAGUUUUUUCGUUGAAGGGAAUCUUCCCAGCAAUUACAACACCAUUCAAUGACAAACAGGAAGUGUUUUACGAAAAAUUACAUGAAAAUCUACAAAUUUAUGAGAAACUUCCACUUACAGGUUACCUGAUAAAUGGCUCUAAUGGAGAAGUAGCAGCGUUGACUAUCGAAGAGAGGAUUCAGAUCUUAAGAAAUGUCCGUCAAACAGUGAACCCAAAGCGCCUACUCCUCGUUAACGCCUACUCUGAAUCGACCAAACAAUGUUGCAACCUGACCAGAUCACUGGCCAGCAAUGGUGCAGAUGCUGUGUUAGUCAUGAUACCUUUCUACCACCGUAGAUCUCUGGAUGAGGAAGCAAUCAUAGCUCACUUCAGGUCAGUGGCGGACAGUUCACCUGUGCCGGUAGUCAUCUACAACAAUGCUGGUGUCACAAACUUGGAUAUCAGUACUCGGACAAUCCUCACUUUGGCCGAGCAUCCCAACAUCUACGGCAUCAAGGAUGAUCAUGUAGGAAAGAUAGCGGAGGUGGUGGGGGAGGUAAAGAAGAGAAACCUGAGUUUUGAAGUUUCCCAAUCUUCAGGAUGCCAGUUGUUGCAGUCCCUCUUAGUAGGAGCAUGUGGAGGAAUUAUAUCCCUGCCAAACAUUCUGGGCCGUGAUGUCUGCAAGUUGUACCAACUGUACAAAGAGAACAAGAUGGAAGAGGCUGCAGCACUGCAGUGCAGGCUAGCUGGUAUUGACACUCUGCUGAUGUUGGCAAACCUGGGGGUUCCUGGGAUGAAGGCCGCCCUAGAUCUAAUGGGAAUGUAUGGAGGGCCGUGUCGUCUGCCUCUCAUGCCACUCCCUCCCCACCAUGUCGCUCGGCUGAAAGAUCAACUCGUGCAGAACGGCUUCCUCUCAGCUUAAUACAACUACUCAAUACUCUGAAUGCAGUCUUUCAGUUAUAUGUUGCAUUUGUUAAAACUCUUUCAAUGUAAUUUUUAAGCUUUGUUAUGGGGUUUAGUUUAAUAAAUAACGUUAUAAAAAUAA